AUGACCGUGACUCACAACUCCGUGCUUCCGAAUGCGCUUCGCAUCCCCGCGCUCACCAAACUCGCAAACAAGCGCAUUGUACUGGCAUCGGCCAGUCCUCGCCGGCUGCAGAUUCUCAGGCAAUUUGGCUUGGAUCCCGAGAUAGUCCCUUCCAAAUUUGCAGAGGACCUUCCACACGACGAGUUUUCGAACGUGUACGAGUACCCGGUGGCCACUGCCACAGAAAAGGCGGUCGAAGUCUAUGUCCGCAUGGUCGAAGAAAACGCUGACGACCCACCAAGUCUGGUUAUCGCAGCCGACACUGUAGUAUUGACCAAAGUUGCUUCGGCGGGGUCAAAUAUCCAUGACUCGCUUCUACCCGAUAUCCGACCUGAUAUUCUGGAGAAACCACAAGACAAAGGAGACAACCUUCGUAUGCUACUCGAGCUCAACGGCGGGCGGUGCGAGGUCGUGACGGGCGUGUCGGUCGUAUACCCUAUUCUGACCGCGCCGGGGUACGCGAUCAAGUCAAUGGAUGAUCGCUGCAUUGUCCACUUUCACGACUCGGAUAUUUCCAUUCUCGAGGCAUAUGUUGAUUCGGAAGAAGGCAUAGAUCGGGCUGGUGGGUUUGCGCUCCAAGAAAGGGGCGCACAUCUCGUGUCUAAGGUCGAGGGCGACUUUUACAACGCUGUUGGGUUCCCUGGAUCCGCUUUCUUUAAAUGGAUAGGCAUACUUAUUAACGAAGAAGACGACUUUAUGGAUUUCGAUAUAUAA